CUCCUCAACUCAAACCCAAUCCAUCCAUUCCACCAAAAAACCCCCAAUCGCCAUCGCCAUCGCCAUUUGACCACCAUUGACCACCACCAUCAUGUCCCCACCAACCCUGACCUCACCAACCCCAACCCUGACCCUAACGCCCUCCCCCCUCACCCCAUCCGCCUUCCUCCCCUACGGCACCGCCAUCACCUCCCCCCUCCCCCGCACCGCAACCACGACCACCCCGCCACCACCCUCCGCCCUGGCCGCACUGCACCCAACACCCGUCCUCGCGAACCAAAACACCGCAUUGAAAUACAGUCCCAUCUCCCCGCUCGACGACCACUACGCCGGCAACUGUCCCAGCGGGCGCGCCUCGGCCGCGCGCAUGACCAUGUUCUCAUGCUUCCCGCGGACCCUGCGCCCCGCCCCGCCUCCCUCAACCAGCAGAAAGCAGACCUCCCCCCCCUCCUCCUCCUCUGCGGUCUUCGACAUCCGCAUCCUCGAACGCCACCCCUUCACCACCCAGACCUUCGCCCCGCUCGACCUCUCCAGCCAGCCCGCCACGGCCACAGCCACCGGGACCGGUACCCACAGCGAAAUCGAGCCGGAGCCGUACUAUCUCGUCGUCGUGGCGCCGUCGCUCAAGGGCACCACCGCCCAGGCGACGACCAGCGCAGGGGAGGUGGUGACGGUGGUGGAUCCGCCGGAUUUGCGCCGCGUGAGGGCGUUCGUGGCCCGGGGUGGCCAGGCGGUGACCUACGGGGCGGGCACGUGGCAUGCGCCUAUGGCGGUGAUUGGGUCCCGGCGCGUGGACUUUUUGGUCGUGCAGUUUAUGAAUGGCGUGGCGGAGGAGGAUGUGCAGGAGGUGGUGUUUGGGGAGGGGGUGGUGGUUGAGGUGGAGCAGGGUGAAAGAGAGGGAGUGAAGGCUAAGCUUUGAGUUCGGGAGAGGGGUUUAUGUUGGUGGUGGGAAAGCUAUGGUUUCUUUGGAAUGGGGGGUAUAGAUUGGAGCAUGGAGGGAAAAGUAGUGUACAUAAUGUGGGGAAACCGAAAU